AUGAUCGCACCAGGAGCAGCAGUUCAGUAUAUACGACAGCGAUCAAUUCAGACGCUUAAGGCCUACGAUAAGAGCGAACACUGUUUAUUGGUCAUCGGUGGCAAUGGUUUUGUUGGUAGUAACAUCUUACAACGUGCGGUUCAAAAAGGCAUUGAAGUGCGUAGCCUCAACCCAUCGGGUAAACCACAAUGGCAGGACGUGCCCUGGAUUGAUCAAGUGGACUGGCAUAAAGGCAAUGUUUUUAAUGACGAGCAGCUGUCCAAGGCCGUAGAAGGUGUUACGGGUGUCAUCUCGACAGUUGGUGCAUUCGGUAACAAAGAAUUUAUGGAGAAAAUGUGCGGAGAUGCAACAAUUCAAGCAGUUGAAGCCGCGCAGAAAGCGGGAGUAGAACGUUUUGUGUUUGUAUCGAAUUCUCGUGUUGGUUCUUAUAACCCACCAUGGCUGCCAUUGUAUGGUUACUACCAUGGUAAAGAGAGAGCAGAGGCUGCUGUGCAGGCGAGGUUUCCAAAUACAGGAGUAUUACUGCGUCCAGGUUUUAUUUAUGGCUGGCGUCGCACAGCAAAAGGUCGAGGUGUUCCGCUACAACUUGUUGGAACGCCUUUGUCAAUGCUUGCACGUGAUCUUGGACCGAUUUCAACUGCACUGAGUUGUGUGCCGUUAGUUGGUGAUGAGAUACGAGCUGCUAUUCCUGUUGAUGCAGUUGCGAAAGCGGCAGUGCUCAGUGCUAUUGGUUCUGUUCACGGACAGACGCUCGACACAACCAAUAUGCUUGAAAUCGCCGCCUCGUUUCAUGUCCAUGAGUAG